UCCGAGUUCUGUCAUGGCAGCGUCCAGUUCUCAAGCCAAUGUGAAAGAACGGGAUGCUAGGGUUCUUGUCGGCCCGACAAGCGGGUUUAGAAGACCCUCUUCGCCUCCGGAGAGCAGAGUCCACACGGAGGAUAAUGAUGUUUUAUAGUUACUGAAUAUCAGAAAUUUCACUCAUCUUGAUUUGUGGUUUUGGGACUGGAGUUAAACAAAGACAGAGAUGUUGAAAGGAUCCAUUGCAGUGGAGUUAACACCCUUGACAUUGAACCUGUUGAAAGGAGAUACAUGUUAUCAGGUGGUUCAGAUGGUGUGAUUGUGCUUUAUGAUCUUGAGAACUCCAGCAGACAACCUUAUUACACGUGUAAAGCAGUGUGUUCCGUUGGCAGAAGCCACCCUGAUGUUCACAAAUACAGUGUGGAGACCGUACAGUGGUAUCCUCAUGACACUGGCAUGUUCACAUCAAGUUCAUUUGAUAAGACUCUGAAAGUAUGGGAUACAAAUACAUUACAAAUUGCUGAUGUAUUUAAUUUUGAAGAAACAGUUUAUAGUCAUCAUAUGUCUCCGGUUGCCACCAAGCACUGUUUGGUAGCAGUUGGUACUAGAGGACCCAAAGUACAACUUUGUGACUUGAAGUCUGGAUCCUGUUCCCACAUUCUACAGGGUCACAGACAAGAAAUAUUGGCCGUUUCCUGGUCACCACGUUAUGAAUAUAUCUUGGCAACUGCAAGUGCUGACAGUAGAGCAAAAUUAUGGGAUGUGAGGAGAGCAUCAGGAUGCUUGAUAACUCUUGAUCAGCAUAAUGGGAAAAAGUCGCAAGCAGCUGAAUCAGCAAACACUGCUCAUAAUGGAAAGGUUAACGGCUUAUGUUUUACAAGUGAUGGUCUUCACCUACUCACUGUUGGCACAGAUAAUCGAAUGAGGCUCUGGAAUAGUUCCAAUGGAGAAAAUACACUGGUCAACUAUGGAAAAGUAUAUAAUGAUAGUAGAAAAGGAUUGAAAUUCACUGUCUCCUCUGGCUGCAGUUCAGAAUUUGUUUUUGUACCAUAUGGUAGCACCAUUGCUGUUUAUACAAUUUACUCUGGAGAACAGAUAACUAUGCUUAAGGGACACUAUAAAAGUGUUGACUGCUGUGUAUUUCAGUCUAAUUUCCAGGAACUUUACAGUGGUAGCAGAGACUGCAAUAUUCUUGCUUGGGUACCAUCCUUAUGUGAAUCAGUUCCUGAUGAUGAUGAUGAGACUUCAACCAGAUCACAGUUAAAUCCAGCAUUUGAAGAUGCCUGGAGCAGCAGUGAUGAGGAAGGAUGAAUAUCGUUCUUAGUACCCUUUUUGUCUCUAUCAAAACUUUUAAAACUGGACUAUUUUAUCUUU